AUGUCUUCAGAAUUAGCAGACGAAAGUCUGUUUCUUAUUGCAAUUUUUGUAGAUGAACUUCGGAACGAUAAAAUGCAAACCCGAUUGGCGAGUGUUAAAAAGUUGAAUACUAUUGCGCUUGCUCUCGAGCCCGAACGAACCCGAAACGAGUUAAUUCCGUUUCUGGCAGAGAUCAUUUAUCAUGAAGAUGAAGUUCUCCGCGAAAUGGCCCAACAGUUGGCGGAAUUUGUACCAUUGGUUGGUGGAUCAGAGUAUGUGCACUGUUUGCUACCUCCUCUCGAGGGUUUGGCCUCUGUGGAAGAAGAACAUAUGAUCAUGCCUUGUGCAUGCUUCACGGGCUUCGUGAAAUAUACAUAA